GGCUUCAGUGGCCUCAUCAUGACGUGGACACGAUGGGCCAUGGUCACCAUCGUCCUUCUGGCUCUCCAGAGAGCCCUGACCGUCCUGGUGUCUCUGGUGAUCCUGCUAUCCCUGGCAGCCCUGCUAGCCCCCAGGGCCCAGCCCCUCAUGGAGGAGGCAGCCGUGGCUGGAGGCAGUGGAGAUCCAGGUGCUGGAUCUGACUCUCCUGGAUCCUACGUGGCUUUUGAUUUGUUUUGGGAAGUGCCAGAUCAAGGCCCAAAUGUGAGCGAGGCAUCUCCUGCAGGUCUGAAGAAUGAAACUAGAUUGGGAAACAUUUCCUGGCCAUUAAUGGAACAGUCUGAAUUAAUGACUUUACUGAAGGAAACACUUCCAGUGCUGGAGCCUGAGCCUGUGGACAAGGAGACACCUCAGGAAGACCAUCAGGAAGAGCCAGUCCCUGAGGGAAACAGUGAGGCCCUUCAGCCAACAGGUGUAUUCAAGAGAUUCAGCAGUGCUGAGGACAACAAGACAGGUCCAAACACUGUGGAGGACAUGGAAAACACAGGCACAGUGGAUGCUAAAAUCACCUGGAGUAUUUUUAUAAGAGCCUUCCUCGUGUCUGUGGUCUGCAGCCUGAUUGUUCUGCUGCUUCUCAGGGUGGCCCCUGCAUGGGCAAAGGACAUAAAAAAGCGCCUCGCAGCUUUGAGAGCCAAUUCUGAGCUCCUGGACAAUGAGACUGAAGACAAGGAAUUAGUGGUAGAAGUCUAAAUAAAGAUAAGCAGCACAGUGGUGUGUGUGAAAGUUUUGGGUUGGAAGGAAUUCUUGCUCUCUGCUCCCUUGUCUGGAGCCUCCACAUCAUGCAAGACCCAGCCCCA